CAACGCAAAAGGCAGCAUGACAAGAGUUGAGCACAUGAUCAAACAGGCCUCAGAUCUCAAACAGAUUUCUGCCUCAUUGUUAUCAGAAAGAAUAUAAAUCGACACCAAUCCACUUCACCCUUGUCAAUAUUUCAUCACUAGCACAAGAGACUUGAACCACAAUGCAGCAAGUAACAAAAAUCAUCCAACAAGCCUGUAAGAAUCAAAGCCCUCUACCUUUACUACCUACCAUUACCAAUACCAUGAAGUGCCUCAGGUCCAGACCGCUGGCUGCUCUUGCUCUUACACUUUCACUGCUAUUAUCAACCUGGUCUCCUAGAGUCAAAUCUAAGGCUAUCCCAUCUAAAGAAGUGAAUUCUUUGCCCCUCGGCAAGACUUCAUCUUCUCAGGCUGCACAAAGGAAAAACCCUUCAAGGCAGGUGGUGGAUUCAUGUUUCAGAAGGAUACCUCCAAGCAAAUCUAAUCCCACGCAGAAUAAGUUUGAUCCUCUCACAAAUGGCGGAUAGGACAGCAUAAAGGUUACAGCAAUAAUAAACAUAUCUGUCCUGUUUCUUUCACUUCUUUUUAACUCUUUCAUGUUUAAAUUAACAUAAUAGAUGGUUGUACCUGGGGUUUCACCUUUGGACUGUCAUUUAUUAUAUAUAUGCACUACGUUCUGCAUUGUAUUUAAAGUUU